AGACGAUCUGGCGCCUGAACAAUCAACAAGACGUCAAAAAAACUAAGCACCACACUCCCCGGUGAACUAGACUGGAACCAACAUGGAGUGCGUUCUCGCUUGAAAAUAUAGGGUAUCAUUGUCUAUCUACAAUCUGCAAUUGCAACCGAACCAUCGCACGAGCUUCGCCAUGGCCGACUUCCAAUCCAAGCGGAAAGCUACGGAUAUCACCGGUGGAGAUGAUAAACCCGACGAUUCUUCUGCCAUCGUUGCUUGCCCCUACCUCGACACCAUCCAGCGAUCAGUCCUCGACUUCGAUUUCGAACCGUCGUGUUCCGUUACUCUCGAGAGCGGACCCCAUGUUUAUUCUUGCCUGGUUUGCGGAAAAUUCUUUCGGGGAAAAGGAAAACACACACCUGCCUACACCCACGCGGUGGACGAGGGACACUUUGUCUUCAUUCAUCUCAACAGGGGGACCUUCCAUUGUUUGCCGGACGAUUACGAGAUAAAGGAUCCGUCGCUGGCCGAUGUUUCCGCCGCCCUCCACCCAACCUUCACCGAGGAAGAAAUACAACGAUUGGACUCCAACACGGGCCUAGCUCGGGAUUUGUUUGGGAGGCGGUAUCUCCCCGGCUUUGUCGGGCUGAACAACCUCCACAAGACCGACUACAUAAACAGCUCGAUCCAAGCGCUAGCCCACGUGCGGCCCCUCCGCGAUUAUUUUCUCAGGCUCAGCCACCGAAAUACUUUCGUUCUUACCAGUGCUUCCGACAAAAAGAAAUCAAAGAAAAACAAGCCGCCAAAGGCUCCCCGUCGCAUGUCCGAUUUGGUCCAGUGCUUUGGGGAACUCAUUCGCAAAAUGUGGAGCAACAAACGCUUCAAAUCAAACGUCGACCCGCACAUGCUGAUCCAGGCCAUUAGCAGAGCGUCCAAGAAGAAGUUUCGGGUCGGACACCAGGCCGAAGUGGGGGAAUUUAUGGCCUGGUUUUUGAAUCAGCUGCACGUUGGUUUGGGAGGAACCCGAAAGCCCGGUUCGAGUAUUAUCUAUCGGACCUUUCAGGGAACCAUAGAAUUGACCACGCGGCAACGAAAGACGGCUGCCGCGCUCGAAGCGGCAGAAGCGGGGGACGAGGACGGCAAUGGAGAUGCCAAAAAUGGCGGUGGCGGAACGGGGAUGGAAGCAGACAAUGGCCACGACGAAACAACAGAGCCGCUCACAACGGACAAAACCACGGAUCCUGACAUCGAAGAGACGACGAUAGAAACCAGAUUCCUCCAACUGACGCUCGACAUUCCCGAGAAGCCUCUGUUCCGGGACGACGACGGUGGCCUGGUGAUCCCCCAGGAGCCCCUGGUGAGCGUCAUGAAGAAGUUCGACGGGAUCACCUUUUCGGAGGCAAUCAGCAAGAGCGGGGUCGCACAGCGCAAGCGGUAUCGAUUGCUCGGACUGCCUCCCUACCUCAUACUGCACCUGGCGCGGUUCAAGACCAACAAGUAUUCCCGAGAAAAGAAUCCCACGAUCGUGGCCUUUCCCGUGAAAAACCUGGACCUCGGUUCCUACACCUUUCCCAAGAACGGAAAAGAGGUCCCGCCUACCGAGGCGGAGGUACGGGCGAUGACCGUGGCCGAGCUCCGGGCGCUGCUGAACGAGCACGGAAGGGAGGACCUCUCGGCCCACGCCCUGGAGAAAUCCGAGCUGGUGGAGGCCGCGGUGGACUUUGUGACCAAGAGCCUGCCCGAUCUGCUGGCCGACAAGUACGAUCUGGUGGCGAACAUCACGCACAACAGCCCCGCGGACGUCGGGAGGGAGGGCAAGCACGAUCCGUUGCAGGAAGGCUCCUACAAGUGCCACAUCGAGCACAAGAGCUCCAAGCAGUGGUUCGAGACACAGGAUCUCCACGUCGAAGAGACCAUGCCGCAACUCAUCGGCGUUUCCGAGAGUUAUCUGCUUAUCUUUGAGCGCAAGGCCGCACAGCAGAUGGAUCUCUCCAGAUAACAAUACCUGCGCACGCAAUCCAAAGCAGUGGUGGCGAGUUGUGGUUCCGCUGCGAAUAAGGAUAUUUCUAGUUU